AAAAAAAAAAAAAAUUAUUCCGCAACAAAGAGCAAACAAUGCAGCGGGACUGCUGGGGUGAAUUCGGUUUAUAUGUACCCUGGGACAAUGGACAAACCACCUCCCCCCCCAACGGUAUGAGAGGGAGCAGAUAGCCCGUCUCUCCGGCGCGCAGGGAACACAGCGUCCCGCUGUCGAGUCAGUUACGCACGAGGCAUACCCGUUCAGAAGCACAUUGUGUUGAGUUGAGGCUGUUGGAGACUCUCAAGAGGAAGGACAUGGCCAAGCGAGACCGCAGAGGAGAGCGCAGAGCGGUCCCCUCCCAUCUCGCAGAGCACGAGGAUGACGAGCACGCCGGGCAGAGGGGCUACGUCAAGGGCACCGACUAUGCCCUCCCCUACUUCUCCCAGUGGUCGCGCCUCUACGAGUCCGAGCCCGAGAUCCGCGACGGCCUGCUCCGCCACGUCAACUGCGGCUACCUCUCGACCCACGGGGUGCCGCCGACCUUGCUGGCGCUCAAGCAGCACGCCCAGUCCCUCUGCGUGCUCAUCCACGCGCUGAACCCGACCCUCGAGUCCGCCGAGAUCGCCCCCGGCGGCAGCGGCGGCGGCGGCGACGACCCCCUGGCGCUCCGCUACAAGCUCAACGACGCCUUCGACUUCCUCGACGACCUGACCGUGCCCUACAUCAACGACGACCCGGACCACCACAAGCCCCUCGCCGCGCUGGCCAACGAGGUCCGCGCCCGGGACGAAGCCGUCGGCACGACCGCGUACCACUGCCCCCUGGCCGAGACCCGACCGCGCGGGGGCGCCGGCGCCGACAAGCAGCGACCCUACGCCAACCACCACAACCUCGUCAUGCACGCCAACGCCUGCCUCGAGCGCCUCGACCACGAGCUCGGCAGCACCGGCGGCCUGAUGAGCCUGCUGCCCCCGGCGAACACCUCCUCCGGGUCGGACCUGGCCGCCGCCGCCGCCCGCGACAGCCUGCUCGGCCAGUGGCUGCACUUCACCCAGUCGCUGGUCGGCCGCAUGCACGAGCUGGAGCGCGCCUACGGCAGCGCGCUCGACGCCCUGGCCGGGGAGGCCGUCGUGCCCGCCGCCCUGGCCCUGUCCCUGUCCCUGUCCCAGUACCAGACCCGUUCACCACCCGCUGGCGGCGGUGGCGGCGGCGGCGGCGGCGGAGGAGGAGGAGGUCGCGAGCUGGUCUACCCGCAGGACCGCUGGGUGCUGGCCAACGCGGGCGACGACGCGUUCGAGCGCGUGCACGCGCUGCUCGACCGGCGCGAGGCGCUGGCCGCGGCGCGCGAGCGCGUCUGGCGGCGCAACGGCGUCAUCGGUGACGCCCUGUGGCAACAACAACGGCCGCGGCGUGACGACGAGGACGAGGACGACGAGGACGACGACGACGAGGACGACGAGGAGGAGGAUCGCGGCCAUGCGAGGGGCAUCGUCACCGUCGACAUCCUCACGCGGUACUACCGGGUCCGCGGGGCCGGGGGCGCGGGGUCCCGGAGCACGGUGUUCGUGGUGCCCGCGUGGGAGCAGCACCCGGGGGUGGAGUACACGCGCGAGGCGGAGGCGCGGCCGACGGUGGUGGCGUGCGCGCAGCCGCGGUUCCCCGAGCGGGCGACCGAGCUGGAGCGCAGGUUCCGCGACCGCAUCAACCGGGCGCGCGCCGUCGAGCGGGACAACCUCCGGCUGCGGAACCGGAUGGACGAGCUCGAGGCCGAGGUCGCCGUGCUCAGCCGCCACAACCACAUGCUGGCCAAGACCAGGGACGCCCUCAUCCUGGCCGUCGGCGGUGGCAGCAGCAACAGCACCAGCACCAGCAGCAGCGCGGGCGCGGACGUGGCCGAGCCGGCCCCCAAACUGCAUGAACAGAGAGACAGGCCAUGAUUGGCUCUAUCUGAGACUAUGUCUGCGUACAAUCUCUCUCUCUUUUUCUUUCUUCCUUUUUUUUUCUUUUUUUUCUAUCGUGAAGGAAUUUUCCUGUCUCAUCACACUCCCGGACUUGCAUCAUGUCUUCUCUUUCAUUUCCUUUUGUUUCGUUUCUCUUCUGACAAGCGUGGGCAAAUAUUUCUACUAGACUUGUUUCAGGCUUC